UGGGCACCCACUCAGAAGACUGCAGGCGCCAUGGGCAGAGCAAGGCAAAGAGCCAACGCUCAGCGGCGGAAGCAGAAGCAUCCCGGGGAUCCUCCAGCCACCUGCGCAGCUGUCGCGGUCAUGGGCGCGAGCCGCGCGCGGUGCCCACCUGUCCAAGUCGGGGUCGGGAGCCAGGCGGCCGGCAGGGAGCGGGCGGCGGCCAAGAGGCGGCGCGGAAAGGCGCGGCGCAAGCGCUGGUGGCGGCGGGUACGGGAGACCAGCGCCAAGAAUCUGCUGCUCCCGCCGCAGCUGCGGAACCAGCGGGCGCUCAUGCCCACCCCAGCGGCACCGGCCACGUCUCCGGGUGAGCUGGACCUGGGCGCGCAGCGCGAGCGCUGGGAGGCGUUCCGCAAGCUGCGGGGCCUGAGCUGCGAGGGUGCCGCCAAGUUCCUGCUGGACACCUUCGAGUUUCCGGGCCUGGUGUACCACACCGGGGGCUGCCACUGCGGCGCUGUCCGCUUUGCGGCCUGGGCCCCUGCGGAUCUGCACGUGGUGGAGUGCAGCUGCAGGCUGUGCAAGAAGAAGCAGCACCGCCACUUCCUCGUCCCAGCGGAGCGCUUCACGCUGCUGCAGGGCGCCGAGAGCAUGGUCACCUACCCGUCCAACACGCACCCGGCGCUGCACAGCUUCUGCAGCAGGUGCGGGGUGCAGAGCUUCCACGCCGCGGAGUCCGACCCGCGCGUGUACGGCGUCGCCCCGCACUGCCUGGACGCGGGCACGGUGCGCAGCAUGGUCAUCGAGGAGGUCGAUGGUGAAGCUUGGGAACAGGAGGCCACCGAGGAGGACGACGACGACUACGCCAUGCAGAACGCGUCCAUCGAGGCGACCCCUGCCUGUCCUGGCCAAGAAGAGCUGUGAAUGAGGUCGCCGACAUGCAGAACCCAGUGUGUGGGGGCCCCUCCAGCCAACCCCUGCAGCACUUCUCUCCUGUCAGCCAGGUCUGUUUCCGGACCGGUCAACCUGUGGUGUCAGUGUAAGCUAUCUGUUCCUGUUUCCCCUUCCUCUCCAUUUCUGUUCAAGGGACUUGCUCCUAAUCCAGAACUUGAGCACACACACCUUCGUCUGUGUACAGUGAUCACCGUGACAUCCAACAUGCAAGUAGUGUCUCCACGUUUUCAAGCCAUCUCUUCCAUCACUUGGUUGUGCCAUUCAUCCUGAAGGAUCCCCACAUGGCUGGUGGGAAUCCCGUGUACUGUACGUUUCUGGUGCUAUUGUGAACAGGCUUGUGUGCAACACGUGCAUUUUAGUGUGCUGGGCGGCUACAUCCCAACACUUUUGUGAACAGUUAUGGAUAUUUUCCAUUGAAUUCUCUCUCUCUCUCUUUGUGUGAUUUAGGUUGACACCACGUUGUUUAUUCAGUAUGUUUUAAAAGAACAUGUUUUAAAAAUCAAUAUUGCAUACCUCAUUACUCUUAUUCAUUCAAUGAUGCUACUAUGUUGCUUGGUUUUGUGUUAGUGACGUGACUCUAGAGAGGGGGUUAGGGAGACAGAAACGAGAAGAAUGUUUGUGCACUAGAUGCCCUCUUUAUUCUUUUGAAAUCCUAUCUUGUACAUGUGUUAAGUGUUCAGAAAUUAGUAAAUUCUUAAUAAAUAGAAAAUAUGUAUUUCUAUGUUCUAUAUUAAAAAUAGUCAUUAAUUUAUAUGUAACUUCUUGAUACCUGAAAUUUUAGCCAAACAAUAGGUGGUGGGUAUUUUCUCAUGUCCAAGGAUACAUAUAAACAUUAUUGUCAUUUAAUUAAUGGUUUCCUAGAACUAAAACAAAUGUAUCUUCCAUAACUUACUUCCUCUGAUGAAUGUUUUGCCUUUUUCCAGGUUUUCAUUAUAAUAUUUCAA